AUGAAGACGUCCUGGACCCCUCGGCUCAUCUGUUGGGAACGGCUUGUUUGGGAGAGACUUCUGGCACUUCAGCACCAGCAGGCCCAUCAGUCUUCAUCACUAGACUAUGCUAACGGCUCCACUUUAAGAUUCAUCGCCUACUUCCCAGGAAGAUUCUUGGACCGGUCAAAAGUGCCGAAGGAGGGCAUUCCUCAGUCUUUGGAGGAGAUUAUAAGCUUUGGUGCUACACUCUCACAUUAUGGCCUGAGAAACGCAGCUCUGAAGUUGAAUGGACUCAGAGCUCGGUGGCCCCUGGUGCAGAGUGAGGGCCCCUGCCGCCGCUCCGGCUGCUCCGCCCCUCUGGCUCUGGCUCUCACUAAUCCCCCUGGGCAGAGCUAA